ACUCAGCCGUGUUCUUACUUCCAUGCAGAUGCUGCAGCUGUGGACACUCGCAGUGCUGCUGGGAGCAGUAGCUGGACGAGAAGUCUGCUACGAUAGACUCGGCUGCUUCAGUGAUGAUUCUCCAUAUGGAGGGACUUUGGAAAGACCUCUCAAGGUGUUGCCCUGGUCUCCAAAGCUUGUCAACACCCGCUUCCUCCUGUACACGAACGAGAAUCCCAACAAUUACCAAGUGAUCACUGCAGACGCAUCAAGCAUCAGGGGCUCUAACUUCAAAACAAACAGGAAAACCCACUUCGUCAUUCAUGGAUUCACAGACAAGGGGGAAGACAACUGGCUGUCCAGUAUCUGCAAGAACAUGUUCCAGGUGGAAAACGCAAACUGUAUCUGUGUGGACUGGAAAGGCGGCUCUAGAACUGGAUACACUCAGGCUACACAGAACGUGCAAAUCGUAGGUGCAGAGAUCGCAUAUUUGGUGAAGGCCCUUCAGUCUGGCUUUGGAUAUUCUCCCUCCAACGUUCACCUCAUCGGCCACAGUCUGGGCUCCCAUGUUGCUGGCGAGGCUGGAAAGAGGUUGAAUGGGGCCAUUGGACGAAUCACAGGGUUGGAUCCAGCUGAACCUUACUUUCAGAAUACACCCGAAGUUGUCCGAUUGGACCCCAGUGACGCCCAGUUUGUGGAUGCCAUUCACACCGAUUCUGCCCCCAUGAUUCCCAACAUGGGAAAUGAGGUUUGCUAUAACAACCUUGGAUGCUUUUCUGACACUGAGCCCUGGGCAGGGACAGCCACCAGGCCUUUGAAACUUCUCCCUUGGAGCCCUGAGAAGAUCAACACCCGCUUCCUGCUCUACACCAAUGAGAAUCCAAAUGCUUUCCAGCUUCUCCAGCCUUCUGAUCCAUCAACCAUAGAGGCCUCUAACUUCCAAGUGGCCAGGAAGACUCGAUUCAUCAUCCAUGGCUUCAUAGACAAGGGAGAAGAGAGCUGGGUGCUGGACAUGUGCAAGAACAUGUUCAAAGUGGAGGAGGUGAACUGCAUUUGUGUGGACUGGAAGCGGGGCUCUCAGACCACCUACACGCAGGCCGCCAACAACGUUCGAGUCGUGGGUGCCCAGCUGGCUCACAUGCUUGAUGUCCUUAUGACAAACUACAGCUACUCACCUUCCAAAGUCCACCUCAUUGGCCAUAGCCUAGGAGCCCAUGUGGCCGGGGAAGCAGGAAGUCGGACUCCAGGCCUAGGCAGGAUUACUGGACUGGAUCCUGUAGAAGCAAAUUUUGAAGGCACUCCUGAAGAGGUCCGGCUCGAUCCCUCAGAUGCGGACUUUGUUGAUGUGAUUCACACAGAUGCAGCUCCCUUGAUCCCAUUCUUGGGUUUUGGAACAAAUCAAAUGAUGGGUCACAUUGACUUCUUCCCCAACGGGGGACAGAACAUGCCUGGAUGCAAGAAGAAUGCCCUGUCACAAAUUGUGGACCUAGAUGGCAUCUGGUCAGGAACCCGGGACUUCGUGGCUUGUAACCACCUGAGAAGCUACAAGUACUACCUGGAGAGCAUCCUUAACCCUGAUGGGUUUGCUGCAUACCCCUGCACUUCCUACAAAGAUUUUGAGUCUGACAAGUGCUUCCCCUGCCCAGUGCAAGGCUGCCCGCAGAUGGGUCACUAUGCUGAUCAGUUUGCUGGCAGGACAAGUGAGCAACCACAGAAGUUCUUCUUGAACACAGGAGAUGCCAAGAACUUUGCACGUUGGAGGUACCGGGUUUCCUUGACGCUGUCUGGAAGAACAGUCACUGGGCAGGUCAAAGUGGCUCUGUUUGGCAGUAAAGGCAACACUCAACAGUAUGAUAUCUUCAGGGGCAUUAUGAAGCCAGGUGCCACACAUGCCAGUGAGUUUGAUGCCAAACUUGAUGUGGGAACAAUCGAGAAAGUCAAGUUUCUUUGGAAUAAUCACGUGGUAAACCCAAGCUUCCCCAAAGUGGGUGCGGCCAAGAUCACUGUGCAAAAGGGAGAGGAGCAGACGAAGUACAACUUCUGUAGUGAAGACACGGUGAGAGAAGACACUCUGCUCACUCUCACGCCCUGUGACACCCCAGACACGAUGUGA